ACACCCACACCCUCGGAGCCGGCUUACCCAGCCAGAAGGUCAAGUCUCUCAGUCCCAGUUCCACCCGCCAAAGUGGGUGUGGUCCAUGGUAGGUAUAGUCGCUAUAGCGCACCUCAUCUGCCUUUUCGAACGAUCUCGUUACGGCUGACUCUGCCACCUUCCUACUCUUCCUCUCUCUCUGUCUGUAUCUCUUCUUUCCUCCCCCUCCCUCUUCACCCUCUUCACCCUCUUCACCCUCUUCACCCUCUUCACCCUCUUCUUGUCGGUCACACUGCUUCUUCUUCUUGGUGGCAUCCAUCCCUCCAUCGACCCCAUCCAUCUCCAAUCCUUCCCGUCCGUCCUCUCCUCUCUCUCUCUCUCUUGCCUUUCCCUCUCCAUAGCCCGCUGGGGUCAAUUGCUAGGCUAUCGGCCAUUCUGUCGCUUAUCCACCCACGACAGACCCAACUUCUCUCUCAUCCACUUGCUUUUCUUUCUAAAAUUAUAGUCGAACACUUUCAUGCUGUGAUCCGAUCCGCUAUAAUUUGGAGCGACCGAUAUCAAUUCCAACCUCACCACUCGCCAAGUCUUGUCCGUGUCUUCCAACCGCCGGAUCGGUUCCAUAGAUUUUACACUCGGUCGCGCCUAGAGUCUGACAAAGGAGGACGACGACGACAAUCACCGUCAAAUUAAUCAGCACAACUUUUCAAUGCCUG